GGCUCUUUCUCGGUGGACAUGACGUUCCGCGGCGACAAGCGCCCCAUCACAACAGCGUGGCCGGCCGACGUCGUGGCAGACGUCCUCACGCGCCUGGACAACGCGGGCCUGACCUCGCCGCCGCCCGCGCCCGCCGCGGCGCCCGCGAGGACGGUGGCGGCCGCCUGA